AUGGCGACGACGGAGAAUAGCACCGGUUUCAUCUACAUGGACCGGAAAUUCAGCGGUUUAAGCGUCAGCGAUAUUUCCUCCUCUGCUUUCAGCGAUUGCAACAGCGACAGAUCCGGCGAGUUUCCAACGCCUUCCUCCGACAGCCGCCGACGGCUCUUCCUCUCCUGCGCCAUUGAGAAUCCCGACGAUUUGAUCCGGUAUCUCGUAUCCAAUCUCGACUCUUCCUGUUCCAUCGAGGAGCAGAAACAAGCCGCCAUGGAGAUCAGGCUCUUAUCCAAGGACAAACCGGAGAACCGGAUAAAAAUCGCUAAAGCCGGCGCGAUCAAACCGCUGAUUUCUCUGAUCUCGUCUUCGGAUCCUCAGCUUCAGGAGCACGGCGUCACUGCCGUUUUGAAUCUCUCCCUCUGCGAUGAGAACAAGGAGCUGAUUGCUGCUUCCGGUGCGAUUAAACCGCUCGUGAAGGCGUUGAAAUCGGGAACGCCGACGGCUAAAGAGAACGCCGCUUGCGCUCUUCUCCGGCUAUCUCAGAUCGAGGACAACAAAAUCGCCAUCGGAAGAUCCGGAGCGAUCCCUCUCCUCGUGAGCCUUCUAGAAACCGGCGGAAUCAGAGCGAAGAAGGACGCGUCGACGGCGCUUUACUCGCUGUGCUCGGCGAAGGAGAACAAAAUCAGGGCCGUGGAAUCUGGGAUCAUGAAGCCGCUGGUGGAGCUGAUGGCGGAUUUCGAAUCGAACAUGGUGGAUAAAUCGGCGUUCGUGAUGAAUCUGUUAAUGUCGGUGCCGGAAUCGAAGCCUGCGGUGGUGGAGGAAGGCGGAGUUCCGGUGCUGGUGGAGAUCGUUGAAGCGGGGACACAGAGGCAGAAGGAAAUGGGUGUGUCGAUACUGUUGCAGCUUUGUGAGGAGAGUGUGGUGUAUCGAACCAUGGUGGCUCGUGAAGGAGCGAUUCCUUCGGUCGUGGCUCUGUCGCAGAGCAGCACGUGUCGAGGUAAGCAAAAGGCGGAGGCGUUGAUAGAGCUUCUAAGGCAACCAAGACAACAACAACAGCAACCACAACAACACUUUGAUAAUACGUGUGAAAGAUAA